UUGCAAUUCAAAAUCCUCUCAAUGGUUUAUCAAAUGAAUCUCUAUGACCAUGCUGUCUGCCGGCAGUGCAGAGACAGAAAAAUCCGCUGCAGCCGGGAGCGCCCACAGUGUCUCAAUUGUGCCCGACAAGGAUAUCAAUGUGAAUGGUCUGGAAAGGGGAAAAAACCCAAUCAGACAAAGCUACUGUAAGCCAUUCGCUCAAGAGCCGCAUACGAUAGUGGUGGUAUCAAGGCCUGUUACCGGGCAGACUCCUCAAUGGUUUCUAGGUCAAAGCAGAUUACCGACCUACGCAAUCGAAUUGAAACACUGGAAAGUCUGGUAGCGACAAUACAUGGCUCCUUGCAGCAGUCUUCUCUGCCCGUUGAAAAACAGGCCCUCCCUGGUAGCGAUAAUUUCCCUACGCCCUCCAUCUCUCAAAGUGCGAAGGCGAACGGAUAUGAUAACGAUAUACUUGCGGAGAAACACAUGAAGUGGAAUAUUGAAGCAGCCCCACUAGAACGGAGCAGAGCAGAAUCUGGAUAUUGGUCUACUUUGCCAGGCUGCACUUGGGGUGAUUUCAGCCCGAGCAUUGAGCACCAAGCAUUCUAUUCUCGCCCUAAUGAGACACAGUUUCUCCUGCCUGAACUGGCAAAGGUACAGCCAGUGGCUAUAGACACCAAUCAAUGUGUACUUUUUCCAGAAGAACAAGCCUACUAUUCUCAUAGCGGAGCUUCUUCUAGGAAAAUGUAAUAGAAGUUUUGUCGGCACAAAUCGAGAAUAUGCUUUACGGUCGCAGUAAGUGAGAUGGCUGAGUAGAUUCAGUGAGAGACUUGACAA